ACACUUAUUUUUUAUCGACUCUCUCAAUAUUACUACUAUCUACUAGAUUUUCUCACCAGAUGGCGCACAACGACUUCACUAAUCAACUAACUUGGCAUAGUAUUCAUCACGCUGUAUACAAUAAUGUAACAGCCGUGUAACAUUUCAAAACAGAUCAAUUUCUCUACAUUGUGUACAUUUCAUAGAAUAUGAGGGAUGUUUCGUUUUUAUUUUAUUUAAAUCUUCUUUGCAUUUUUAUCGUCCGUGUAAGCUAUGGAAGCGAUGAUGCCAGGAGACUGUAUUACGACCUUCUAAAGGGACGAAAGUACAACAAGUUGAUACGUCCCGUAGGAAACAGUUCAGAUAAACUCACAGUCAGAAUGGGAAUACGAUUGUCACAGUUGAUAGAUAUAGAUGAAAAGAACCAGAUAAUGACUACCAAUGUAUGGCUUCGACAGGAGUGGUCCGAUAUUAAACUUAAAUGGGAACCUAAAGAAUAUGGCGGCGUCAAACGUUUGUACGUGCCAUCACAGGAAAUAUGGCUUCCGGAUAUAGUGUUAUAUAAUAAUGCAGAUGGAAAUUUCGUUGUUACUCUGAUGACUAAGGCAACAAUACAUUAUACCGGACUGAUAAUAUGGGAACCUCCAGUCAUAUAUAAAAGUGCAUGUAUCAUAGACGUAGAAUAUUUCCCGUUUGAUAUACAGUCAUGUAAGAUGAAGUUCGGUUCAUGGACGUACGAUGGGAACGAAAUAGAUCUUGUCCACAUAUGUUCUGAAAACCAGGAUAUAGCAGGCGUAUUAUUAACCAAUGGUAUAAAUUUUGCUGACUUCUAUUCAAAUGUAGAGUGGGAUGUAUUGUCAGGAACAGCGAUAAAAAAUUUCAAAACAUAUCCAUGCUGCCCAGAACCAUAUAUUGACGUGACGUUUGAGAUAACAAUGAAGAGGAAAACAUUAUUUCAUACAGUAAAUCUGAUCAUGCCUUGUGUUGCAAUAUCUUUUUUGACAGUAAUUGUGUUUUAUCUGCCAUCAGACAGUGGUGAAAAAAUAACCCUUUCUAUCUCAAUUCUGCUGUCAUUGACCGUUUUCUUCCUUUUGCUGGCAGAAAUAAUUCCACCGACUUCUUUAGUGAUUCCACUACUAGGAAAGUAUCUUUUAUUUACAAUGACUGCAGUCACUUUAUCCAUUUUAGCCACCAUAAUAACGAUUAGAAUACAUUUCCAUUCACCCUCUACACACAAAAUGUCCUCAUCGGUGAAAUACAUAUUUCUGGAUCUUUUACCAAGAUUAAUGUUUAUGGAACGUCCCAAACUAGAAUCAAACAUGACAACUGAACAUAAUACAAAUUAUGCAAAUCAAAACGCUGAAAUGGACAAUAUAAGAACAAGACUUUUAGUUCUAGAAGAAGAGAAAUCUUGUGAAGGCAGUGCUGAAUCUGGAGUAGAAGCAGACGCAUCGUUACCACCGCAGGAUUUAGACUACUACAAAAUAAUUGGUCUUCGCAACCUGGAUCGGAUCGUGGACCAUAUGAAAAGACAAGACGAAGAAUUGUCUAUUAGAGAAGACUGGAAAUAUGUUGCCAUGGUGAUUGACAGAAUGUUUUUGAUAAUUUUCACUGUAGCUUCUCUGAUAGGAUUCUUUGGGGUAAUAGCACAAGCACCAACCCUUUACGAUACUCGAAUUCCAGUUUCUGAAUUUUUAUACAACAGAAGUUACUGUGCAUAUCCAAGUUAGAUAAAUAUACUUCAGUUGUAUCCCAAUGCUGAUAUCAUGUCUUUCAGUAUGUCUUUCAGCGCGUGUUUUUAAUUUUUUCUUUUUUAAAUAUGCAAGUUUUCGAUUUGAAAACCUUAUUUGUGAUAACAAUUAAUUGCUCAGCUCUUGCUAAGAGAGAAACUUUCUAUAACAGGUUUAUCUUAAUUCAUGCAUUGAUAGAUAAUGAUUGCAUUCCACAUUUUUUAUUAUACAAAUAUAUUUACGUUUUUACAAUUGUUCUAUCUAAUAUACAUGUAUGUUUUACUUAUAAAAUGAGGAA